AUGCUGCGUCGCGCGCUCGUCCCCGCUCGCGGCGUUCUCCGUCGCGCCCUGUCGGAUGGCCCCACGACACGUCGCCCACGUAUGCACCAACCGCUCGGCAGCGUCCCCGCAGGCACGGAUCCGGAGCUCGUGCGAUCCAAGUGGGGAUCCGAUGCCAUGGACAAGAUCCAAGAGACCGCUGCCACCGAGGUCGAUGGAGACGUCGCCGCUUGCAACGGAGGCGGUGGCGCUCUCGGACACCCCAUCGAGUACAUCAAAUUGUUGGUGUCCGACGAGGAUGCCGGCCCACAAGUCUGCAAGUAUUGCGGCCUAAAGUUUCUCAGAAAGCAUCACCAAUGA